AUGGACAGCUCGGCUACCCGACCUUAUUCUGUCGCCACUGGCGCAUCAGAGGCCUUUGACGAGCUUUUGAAGCAAUGCAAAGGUCAAAUCCCCAAAGAGUUUGGCUCCUAUUCCGGCAACGUUACGUUCGUUCCUUCCAACCAUGGGGAUCAAGUGUACUUCCCGAGCCCUUGCCGAGAACAAGAUGCCAUAGCAUCCAUCAAGGCCCUUGAGGCAUGUGCUGCUGCUGCCAUUGGCGACCUUCGUCAUGGAAAGAACUCACGAUCGAUCAAAGUGGAUCUCGACAAGGCAGCCUGCUUCCUAAUGUCGGCUUACCUUGCUACCAUUGACGGCAAGCGCAAGGGUCAGACUCCGAAGGGGUUGAUUCCAGACACCGACUACAAUCAGGCUCAGUCCAUACAGUAUCGUCGACUUUCCGCGAAUCUCUACGAGACCAAGGAGGAUGGCAGAUACUACCAUAUCCAUGGCUCACUCGACGCUACUACUCAACUCCGCAUGAUCGGCCUUCCGCCUUUUAAUCCCCGAUUGACCGACUAUCAAAAGUGUAUUGACACAAUUGAAGCCGCCGUGAAGAGAUUUACUGUCGCGGAACUGGAGGAUAUGAAUAGCAAGCACGGACAAGCUGGUGUGGAGGCCCUUAAGUGGGAAAAUUUCCUGGAAACCACUCACGGAAAGGUCAUAUCGGCAUUGCCUCCCUUCACAGUCGAGGCCAUCAAGGUACAGCAAACGACGGUACCGGAAACUCCGCCACACACACCCACGGAGACGAACUUCCAAAGCCAUCUCUGGCCGAAGGUGCCCGCAAAUGUCUCUCAGUACGCUUUGUGUGGCAUCAAAGUCAUCGAGAUGUGCCGCGUCAUAGCCGGUCCGACCAUUGGCCGCUCACUUGCCGCCCACGGGGCUCAAGUGCUCAAGGUGACCGGCCCCAAACUUCCUGAUGUGCCCUUCUUCCAAGUCGACGUCAACACCGGCAAGCACACUACCCAUCUUGAUCUUCGCAACCAGAAUGAUCUCAAAACAUUUCGGAACCUACUCGCCGAAGCCGACGUUCUCAUCGACGGAUACCGGCCCGGCGCCCUCGCCAAGUUUGGCUGCGACCCUCAAUCGCUGGCCAAACUAGCCCAGCAGCGCGGGAACCACGGCUUCGUCUACGUAGCCGAAGAUUGCUUCGGCGGAACAGGUGUACCCGGAGCCGAAUGGGCCGGCCGUCGCGGCUGGCAGCAGAUCGCCGAUUGCGUCACGGGCAUCGCGUGGGCGCAGGGCCAGUUCAUGGGACUAGAAAACGAGCCCAGCGUGCCGCCCAUGCCCAUGUCGGACUACGGCACCGGCGCUUUGGGUUGCGUGGCCGCCAUGGCAGGCCUGUACCAACGCGAGACUAAGGGCGGGUCGUGGAUGUGUCGGACCAGUCUCUGCCAGUAUGACAUAUUCUUGCUCAAGCUGGGACUGCUUCCGCUUCAGGAGCAGGAGCGUCUGAAAACGGUGUUCGCGGGCCCGUUCUUCAAGUUGCGACAUUAUGACUCUGUCGACAAGGUCAGUGGAGAGGCGCUCAAGGCUAUACAGCGCGCGUACCCGCAUCUGUUUAGGCCGGAUUUGAUGCUGAAGGCGAAGAGCAAGGGCUUCAAAGGCAAGGAUAUUCGCUGGCCGAAGGAGGCGAUCGAGGUGGAAGGACUGCUAAUUCAGCAUGUGCGUGCCUCAAGGCCGAAUGGGUUUGACAGGCCUGGCUGGGAGGGCUGGGAGACUGAUUUGAUCAUGGAUGGUGAGGUGGAUUUGGCUGAAGAUAAUGCCGUCUUCACCAACACCAGUGUUACACCUGCGCCGAGAGAGGAACAGCAUCAACAACAGGACGGAAGUGGAAGCAUGAACUCAGUCCCGCAGCGUCGUAACAGGAUUGCGACAAUGAACACUGUUCUCGCCACGGCCUAG